UAAUAAUAUUCUGAUUUGGAUUUAUAUAGACAAAAUAUUGAUAUGGAAUUCAAACCAAUCUUAUCUUGUCAUCAAAAUGUAAAUAUACGACUCAAGAAUGUUUGAAUGAAUCCAACAAUGGAUAAACAAGUCACAAUUUUUUAGCAACCCACAUGCCAUCAUCAUCAGUAUCUCUCCUUCCACCAUUUGAGUCUCAAGAUAGCAACGCAACGCAACAAGCAUGUCAACAACUACAUCAAUAGCCAGCCUGAAACUAUGGUCCAUCCUCUCUGAAUCCAAACGAAUCAUCAACGCUCACUCCCGUCACUUCCUUGCUCUCUCCGUCAUCUUCCUCCUUCCUCUCUCUUUCUCCCUCAUCGUCUCUCCCACCAUCUUCCACCUCCUCAGCACCCCAUCCAACUCCCCCACCAUCCACAUCCUUCUUCGUCAAGCAACGUCUCUACUGUCUCUGCAGUUGCGCACAGAAGAAGAUAUCAGGUUUACACCUAAAACAACCACUUCUCUUGAUUUACCUCUCCCCUUACCACUUCUCUUAUUGCCUCUCUUCUUCUUGUUCUUUCUCUCCCUCUGCUCUCUAGCCACCAUCACCCACAGCGUCUUCCACGGCUUCUUCGGCCGUCCCGUCAAACUUCUCUCUACAGUCACCUCUCUCCUCUCCUCCUUUCUUCCUCUCCUUACCACAACCAUCCUCUCCCACCUCAUCCUCUUCACCAUCUCCCUCCCCAUCCCCCUCCUCCGCCUCUCCUUCUCCUUCUCUGAAAUCAUUCGCACUGUCUCCGCCAUCCUCGUUCUUGCACUCUCCCUUCUCAUCUUCUACAUCCGUAUCUCAUGGACACUCUCCUCCGUCAUCGCCAUAGUGGAAAACACCUACGGAAUUCAACCACUCCGCCGGAGUGCUCAUCUGAUGAACGGAAUGAAAUACACCGGAGCUUCUUGUUUUUUCUUCUUUGCUUCUUUGGAAGGAAUUAUGCUGUGGAGUGGUUUUCUUCUAGCUAGAGUUGUUUCAGACAGUGGUUCAUGGAGGGAUUGGGCUUUUAUGGUUCAGAUUGUGUUGACUUCCGCCGUGAUGACAGUGUUGAUGCUUUACAACGCCGCCGCGAACACCGUGCUGUAUAUGUACUGUAAGGCUCUACAUGGUGAACUGGCGGAGGAGAUUGUGGAGGAGUUUGCGUGGCAGUAUGUGAGUUUGCCUUUUGAUGAUGGCAAAGUUCCUCAUGUGGUGUCUGUUGUACACGCUUGAGUGAGUUGUGAAUCUGUGUGUCUGGUUGUUGUAACUUGUAACAUACAUUUUGGUUUUGUAUAAAAUCUAUGUUAUUUUUAGAUUUGUGACAUAUCAAAUGUGAAAUUUGUGGAUAUUAUUGGUUAUUGAUUAUAUGCAGCAAAUGUGAAUUUUUUUAA